CUCACAUCUUCUCUUGACCUAAUUUUCCUUACGGCGGCUGCGGCAAUUUUUUCACCUUCUCUGGACUGGUUUGGAUUUGACGUGGCUGGGAGAGACUUUCGGUUUUAUUUACCUUUGUUAGGCAACAUGCAGAAUGAAAGAAGUUGGAUGUAUAAUAAAAAUUUACCUGACCGUGGGGGUUUAACUGAUGAGUUUAUUACUGGGUUGAGACAGUUUUUAAAUUUUGCAUCUAGUAAUGUUGAGUUUAUGGAUGGUAAUCAGAUACGAUGUCCAUGCAGAAAGUGUCAUAAUGGAAAAUUUUUACCAUCUAAUAAAGUUUCAGAGCAUCUUUGUAGAUUUGGUUUUACUCCGAAUUACUAUAAUUGGACAUGUCAUGGUGAACCAUUCAUAUCUGAUGAGGAUUGUUAUGGACACAACAUACAAGUCUCUAGGGAUCAAAGUUAUUAUAAUCAAUUAAAUCCAUAUCAAAGAAUGAUAUUUGAUGCAGCGGCUCCGAAUUUAAUUCCUGAACCACAUGGUGCCAGUUCUAGCUGCCCUCCAACAGUUGAGCAAAUGUUUACAACAUAUGCAUCACCAUUAGAAGAGGUACAAGUGCCAGGUGUUGAUGAAAUUGUGAAUAAUGAAACAUAUCUUAAAUUUCAGGAAGUGUUAAGUGCUGCAGAUGAACCUUUAUGGACUGGUUGUGACAAGCAUACUAAAUUAUCAUUCACUGCAAGACUGUUGAAUAUCAAGGCAGAGUCUAAUUUGUCGGAAGAUAAUUUCAAUAAGGUUGUUCAAGCUAUUGAAGAGGCAUUGCCCCAAGAUAAUAUACUGCCUAAUGAUUUUUACAGUAUGAAAAAACUUACGAAAGAAUUAGGUCUUCCGGUGGAAAGAAUUGACGUUUGCAGAGACGGUUGUAUGCUAUAUUGGGGAGAUGAUGCAGAUGCAAAUGUUUGUAGAUUCUGUAAUCAAGAUAGGUACAAGAUCUCUAGAAGGAGUCAACAACGACGUAAAUCAUACAGUCAGUUAUUUUAUUUGCCAUUAACUCCUAGGAUUUUUCAAAACUUGUAUUCUGAUAUGCCAACACUAGAGUUUGAUCGUUUCUGCGAUCAAGAAUUUGCACCUUGGUUCAAAUCAUAUGUCAUUAGAGGUGAGACAUUAUCACUGCAGAUUCUCGCUCUCUGA